UAUGGUUUGAAUUUGCAGGUUGUAUCACAACGAAGGAGCUUGGAACUGUUAUGCGAUCAUUGGGACAAAACCCAACUGAGGCAGAGCUUCAGGACAUGAUCAAUGAAGUAGAUGCUGAUGGGAAUGGUACCAUUGACUUCCCUGAGUUUCUCAACCUCAUGGCAAGGAAGAUGAAGGACACCGACUCUGAGGAGGAGCUGAAAGAGGCAUUUCGGGUUUUCGACAAGGAUCAGAAUGGAUUCAUCUCUGCUGCCGAGCUUCGCCAUGUGAUGACCAACCUUGGUGAGAAGCUCACUGAUGAAGAAGUCGAUGAGAUGAUUCGAGAGGCUGAUGUUGAUGGUGAUGGCCAAAUAAACUACGAGGAAUUCGUUAAGGUGAUGAUGGCCAAGUGAUUGAUCUCUCUCACUUUAUUUCUAUUACUUGUAUAACAGUGCUUUGUAGUAGUCGUUGUCGUUUCUUACAUUUUUAAUUCAUGGUUAAAUGUUAAUUAGUGGUAAGUGUUGCUACUCAUGAUUGUUGUCGAAUGGUGUCUUACUAGCUUUUCAUGUAAUUUUGUUCCUUAAAAAAGUUGUAAUGUUGAUUUCA